GUUGUUUCUGGCCGUUACAAGUUUCGAGCUUUCUCCAUUUCGAGAUUCUCAAUUUCUCAUGUUGUCCAUGAGAAAUGGUACAGGAGCUUCUCGGUUGCUAAGGAGUUUCAGAAUCGUGAAGUUUCGAUAUGUAAUCACUUGUUGAACCGAAGACUCGACGAGGCACGUGAGAUUUUCAACCAGGUUCCAUCUCCUCAUGUGAGUCUUUACACCAAGAUGAUUACGGGAUACACGAGGAACAAUAGAUUGGUUGAUGCGUUGAACCUGUUCGACGAAAUGCCCGUGAGGGAUGUUGUCUCGUGGAACUCGAUGAUCAGUGGUUGUGUCGAGUGUGGAGAUAUGGAUACUGCAGUGAAGCUGUUCGAUGAAAUGCCUGAGAGAAGCGUUGUUUCGUGGACAGCGAUGAUGAAUGGGUGUUUUAGGUCCGGUAAGAUCGAUCAAGCGGAGAGGUUGUUUUGUCAAAUGCCUGUGAAAGAUACUGCAGCCUGGAACGCGAUGGUUCAUGGGUAUUUACUGUUUGGUAAAGUAGACGAUGCCUUGAAGUUGUUUAAGCAAAUGCCUCGGAGGAAUGUGAUUUCGUGGACGACAAUGAUCUCUGGGUUAGACCAGAAUGAGAGGAGUGGAGAAGCUCUCGAUUUGUUCAAGAACAUGUUGCGUUGUUGCAUAAAAUCUACUUCAAGAACGUUCACUUGUGUAAUCACCGCUUGUGCAAAUGCUCCAGCGUUUCAUAUGGGUAUACAAGUUCAUGGCUUCAUCAUCAAGUCUGGGUUUUUAUAUGAAGAGUAUGUAUCUGCUUCGCUCAUAACUUUUUAUGCAAACUGCAAAAGAACAGAGGAUUCUAGGAAGGUGUUCGACGAGAAGGUUCAUGAACAAGUUGCUGUGUGGACUGCUCUAUUGUCAGGUUAUAGUCUGAACAAAAAGCACGAAGAUGCAUUAAGUAUAUUCUCAGGGAUGUUAAGAAACAGUAUCUUACCGAACCAAUCAACAUUUGCUAGCGGGUUAAACUCUUGUUCUGCUUUGGGAACAUUGGAUUGGGGCAAGGAGAUGCAUGGAGUAGCAGUGAAGCUUGGUUUAGGAACUGAUGCCUUUGUGGGUAAUUCUCUCGUUAUGAUGUACAGCGAUUGUGGAAAUGUGAACGAUGCCGUUUCAGUGUUCAUUGAAAUCUUCAAGAAGAGCAUUGUGUCAUGGAAUUCCAUUAUUGUUGGCUGCGCGCAGCAUGGACGUGGAAAGUGGGCGUUUGUCAUAUUCGGUCAAAUGAUUCGCCUAAACAAAGAGCCAGAUGAGAUCACUUUCACUGGCUUGCUCUCUGCUUGUAGCCAUUGUGGGUUCCUACAGAAAGGAAGAAAGCUGUUCGAUUUCAUGUCAAGCGGAUUAAAUCAUAUCGAUAGAAAGAUUCAACAUUACACUUGUAUGGUUGAUAUCUUGGGAAGAUGCGGGGAGUUGAAAGAAGCAGAAGAACUUAUCGAGAGCAUGGUUGUGAAACCUAAUGAAAUGGUUUGGUUGGCUUUGCUUAGUGCUUGUAGGAUGCAUUCUGAUGUAGACAGAGGCGAGAAAGCUGCUGCUGCGAUUUUUAAUUUGGACUCAAAAUCAAGCGCUGCGUAUGUUUUGUUGUCAAAUAUAUAUGCUUCUGCUGGUAGAUGGUCGAAUGUAUCGAAACUGAGAGUUAAGAUGAAGCAGAAAGGGAUAAUGAAGAAACCUGGGAGCAGUUGGGUUGUGCUUAUAGGGGAAAAGCAUGAUUUCUUUUCCGGUGAUCGACCACAUUGCAUGAAAAUAUAUGAGAAGUUGGAGUUUCUGAAAGAGAAGUUGAAGGAAUUUGGCUAUGUUCCUGACUAUAGAUCUGCUCUACAUGAUGUAGAAGAUGAACAGAAAGAAGAGAUGUUGUGGUAUCACAGUGAAAGGCUUGCUAUUGCGUUUGGGUUGAUUAAUACAGUUGAAGGAAGUACAAUCACAGUGAUGAAGAAUCUACGUGUUUGUGAAGAUUGCCACUCAGUGAUUAAGUUGAUCUCAAGAGUUGUGGGACGUGAAAUUGUUUUAAGGGAUUCAAGCCGGUUUCAUCAUUUUAAGGAUGGAACGUGUUCUUGUGGGGAUUAUUGGUAGAAAAGUGACUUGGGAAUUUUCAAACUUUGACUAGUGACGCGAGAAGCUCUGGUUAAACAACUGAUCUUAAUUCAAUAAGGAAAUCCUCAUUCAUUUGACUUGUUUGGUGGGGAUUAAUUCAAUAGAAUGGAACAAAUUAAGGAAUUGGACGAGGUAGUUAAGUUUAAAAGUGCUGAACUUAGAAUUGUUGGAUUUGUUGGGAUGUCUGGUAUUGGUAAAACCACUCUCGCAGAUGCUUAUUUCAAAAAAUGGACAGAUAACUUUGUCUUUAACAAGUAUAUCUUUGGGAUCCGUGAGAAGUCAAAAGAACAUGGGUCGGAUUGGUUGAAGGGCAUACUUAUGAAUGGGGAAGACAAUGAUAACGCUGAGAUGUUCACUAAGAAAAUUCUUGUUGUUUUGGAUGAUGUGAGCCACAAGGACCAAGUAGAUUUUUACUCAAAAACCGCGAGCGCAUUAGGGAUGGAAGCAAGAUUGUCAUUACAAUAUGUGACAAGUCAUCUAUCGAAGAACUGGUAGACGAUACUUACGUGGUCUCUGGUUUGAACGAUAAAGAAGCUCUUCAACUCUUCAACCAUCACGCAGAAGGGAGUUUCCCUGAGCUAUCCAAAAAAUGUGUGGAGUAUGCUGGAGGCAAUCCACGAGCCCUUGAGGAAUUGGGAAAGGAGCUUUGUGGGAAAGACGAGGAUCAGUGGGAAGCAAGACUAGUAACCCUGCCACAUUGUUGCAAUCCCAAGAUCCUAACUGAACUGAGAUUCAGUUAUGACAAAUUGAGUGAUCAACAAAAGGGUGCGUUUCUUGACAUAGCUUGUUUCUUUAGAUCAGAGGAGGAAGAUUAUGUAAUAUGUUGACUAGAUCCGUACGUGCCUGAGUCUGGUGAAGCUGUUAGAGAUCUUGUUGAAAUGUUGUUGAUAUGCAUCUCUGCUGGCCGAAUCGAGAUGCAUAAUCUACUGUGUACAUUGGGCAAGCAACUUGGUUCAUCCAAUGAAAACAAGUCGGGGGAAAGAAUGUGGAAUGAUGACGAAAGUAUUGUGACUCUGUGGUCAGAACAUGGAAAGAAGGAAAAGCACAAGGUGAGAGGUAUUUUCCUAGACACUUCCAAAUUUGAAGAAAACAAGGGAAAGGCCUUAGAUAAGAAAGAUUUUAUCAGAAGG